CUAACGAUUUUAUCCCAGUGACAGCUCUUGAAACCUGUUCUUUGCUUUGAACUCGAAUGCAUCUAUAUAUACUGGUUAAAUCAUGAAUCAUGAAAAUACCCCAAAAUAUGAAGAUCAAUGGGCAAACUUUAUACAGUCAUUAGACGUUGACCCUGAUAAAGCCAAGGGUAUUGAACAGCUGCCCGAUGAUCAGAAACGUCAAUUAUUGGAAAAUUAUGCUGUAAAAAAUCCAAAGUUUUCCGCUUUUCAUUAUGUUAGCCUGAUUAAAGGCUUGCGUGUCGGGCGGUCAACAUUGACAAAGAAUCCACGUAAAGGUGAUGCACAGCAAGCAAAAGAAAUCCUUUUAGCUACAGAAAUAUCAUUGCGAACAAACAAUGUAGCUUGGGUUUAUGAUUUUCUCGAUCAAGAGGGUUUGGAAGCAUUAGUGAAUUAUGUAUCUAGAGUAAUACACAUGGUUAUGAGAACUGAUUUCCGCCCUACCGUGGAUGCCAUUCAGCAACAACGUUCUGCUCUUCUAGGUUCAUUUAGCUCGGAUCAAGCAGUUUCUAUAACUGAUCUGUGCGAUGAUAUUAAUGAAAGUGAUAAAGUUGGAUCUGGUUUAUGGUGCUCUAGUUUAAGGAAAAAAAAACAUGAUCGCAUUUCUUUUUCGCCUGUUCAUGUCCGACACAUAUCUGAUUCAAUCAGGGAUAGUCUUCAUCAAGGUGUCAGAUGCUUUCGUGCAUUACUUAAUAAUCAGCGUGGUUGUUCAAUGGUAUUUGAGCAUCCUCAUGCCGUGAAUGUUAUUGCUCUGUGUCUCCUGCAUCCAAGUUACCAAACAAAAACCUUAGUACUUGAACUUUUAACUGUUGUCUGCUUAAUCACUGGUGGACAUGAACGCGUAUUAAAUGCAUUUGAUAAUUUUAAAAAGGAAGUUGGGGAGUCUACACGUUUUGAAUAUUUAAUACAUUAUUUUUUCACACAUGAAUCUGAAUCUCCCGAUUAUAAUAUGGAUUUUAUGGUAUCGUGUAUGCAGUUUUUCAAUAUAGUUGUACAUUCAACAGAUGAUAUAAUGUUAAGAGUAUAUUUACAAGAAGAAUUUAAACAUCUCGGAUUAGUUAAUUAUUUAUCGAGAAUAUACAAUCAAUCCGGUGAUCGUCUUCUACGUCAAAUAGAAGCAUAUAAUGAUAAUGAAGUGGAUGUUGCAGUGUUAUUAGAAGAUUCACAAAUGCGUGAUGUAUUACAACAAGAGAAAGAACAAGCAGAAUCAGAUCUGAUCAUUUUACAAACUCGUACAGCAACAAUCCAAGCAGAAUAUGAAAAUAAAUUAUUGGAGCUUCAACAAAAAAUACAAGCUUUGGAAAUAAAAAAUCAAGAUUUAGAGAAUCAGCGCACUAAUCAAGAUGGUCAACUGUCUACACUACGUGCUCAACUAUUGGAUAAAGAUAAAAGCACAACAGAACGUGAACGUAAUUUGCAACAACGACUACGUGAGCUAGAAGAUACUUUGAAUACAGUUAAAAAUUCACAGUCGAAAUCACAAAUACAAGUGAAUGGGGUAGUUAGUAACUCUACUGCUGGUGCUAAUGCCUCACCACCACCUCCUGCUCCCCCUCCGCCACCACCCCCUCCUCCCCCGCCACCCCCACCACCAUCUGCAGGUGGUAUACCACCACCACCACCCCCACCGGGAAUGGGUGCAAUGGUACCUGGUGCAGAAGGUGUUUCCAUACGACCGCCCAUACAAACUCGAUACAAAUUACCAUUAGUUAAUUGGGUCCUGUUGAAAAAUCAACAACUUCGUGGUACAAUAUUUGUUGGCAUGAAUGAUGAAGCUGUUUUGGAUGCAUUGGAUACUGAAAGAUUUGAAAAUCUUUUCAAAUUGUCUAAUCAAUCAGUGAAUAACAGUAAUAAAUCGGGUGUAAAUAAUCUGGUAAAUGGAUUAGAUCAGAAAGACAGUCGAAUAAGUAAAAAAGUUGAGAAAAAAUCUUUAAUGGAUUCAAAUAGACAUCGUUGUAUUGGCGUUUUAUUACGUUAUUUGGAAUCUGAAAAAUAUACACCAGAACGUUUAUGGAAUGAUAUUAAUCGUUUAGAACUAGGUCAAGAUGUAACAGAUCGUAUAUAUCAUCAAUUGCCAACAGCUGAUGAAGUGAAAACUUAUUUAAAUUAUGAAUUCACUGAACAACGAUCUAUUGAUGAUUUAACGGAUGAAGAUCGUCUUUUACUACAUUUAUGCAAAGUUGAACGUUUAGGACCUAGAUUAGAAAUUAUUUUAUUCAUGAAUUCAUUUGAAGAUAAUUUGAAUGUAGUGAAUUCGAAAAUUAUUGCUGUAAGAUCCGCUUCGUUAGCACUGAAAAACAGUUGUAAAUUUAGAGCUAUCUUAGAAAUUAUAUUAGCUUUUGGCAAUUAUAUGAAUAGUUCCAGACGUGGUAUUGCCUACGGUUUUCGUUUACAGAGUUUAGAUGCUUUAUCCGACACACGGACUUUGGAUAAAUCGUGGACUCUGCUUCACUUCAUAGUUGAAACAAUUGAAACCCAAUUUCCUGCCCUAGUUAAUUUUGACGAUGAAUUGACUGGUGUUGUAGAAGCUGCAAAGGUUCCAACAGAAGCUUUAACAAAUGAUGUAGCAGCAUUAGUUUCUGGUAUGUCACAAGCUGAUAAAGAGACAAUUAUUUUUGGUUCAUUGAAAACACCACAACGUUUAUCAGAUUUUGUAUUAAAUAAUAAAUCUAAAGUGGAAUCUAUUGAAAAGCAAGCAGAAACUGCACGUAAUAUGUUUGCUAGAACAAUUGAAUGGUUUGGUGAAGCGCAAAUUAAACCUAGUCCAGAACAAUUUUUCAGUUUAAUUGUUCGAUUUAUUAAGAAUUUCAAGAAUGCAAUAGUCGACAACGAAGCACGACGUCGUGUUGAAGCCCUUCAAAGUUUAAAUUCUGUAACCGGUGAUGAUAAUGGGCCAUUAUCAUCAAUCAAUCAAAUUUCAAUCAACCAUAUUCCAAAAAGACCAAAAGAUGAUGUUCCUGUAUCGGAGUUACAGGUUUGUUUGAAUUCUGCCUAUUGAACCUAUGCAUGCAUAUUUAUUUUAAUAAUAGUUAAUGAUGAAUAUCAUUACAUAAAUGAUUACAAUUGUAAUUUUUAAUUCUGUUAUCAUAAUUUGGCCUAUUUUUCACAUCAGCAUCACCACUUCCACUGACUGAUUCAUUCUUCUAUUUAAAACAAACAGAACAAGUCGUAAUUUCAAAAUAAAAUCAUUUUGCUCAAUUGUAAUGUAAACAUUAUUAUUGUAUCCAAUAGUUCUAGUCUAAAUGUUUUUCGGUGCAUUUGUGUUAUAUAUUUAGUUUUGUUUUAUUUUGAUGUGUUUAACUGGUGGAUUGUUAAUAUUGAAUUCUUUUUUUAAUAAAAAAAGACAUUUUAAAUGCGUAUUAGUGUUGGUGUAUUUUUCUACAAGGUGUGUACUGAUUAGUUAAUAGUGACCAGUAAUAAUGCCUUUAUCAUGUAUCUAUAUACAAGAUAUACUUCUAAUCUGUUCAAUGAUAUUCUAGAUAAUGUUAAUCUUUCCUUUUUUUGUAAACCAUUUUAAGUAACUCAAUCAAUUUUAAAUGGUUUAAAUUACUUUGUUGUGGAUAUUUUAACUGAAAUUUGAUUAGUUCUGGUUGGCAUAUAUGUGUAUCUUGUGUGGAUUGCUUCGAUAUAGCCAUUAUGACACAAGUUAACAUUGAAUAGAUAAAAUGUGGCUUAGCAAGGCUAAUCAAAUUUCAGUAAAAAUAUCGAUAGCAGAAUAAUCUAAACCAUUCCUAAUUUCACAGAUUAAUGGUUUUCUAGACUCAGUAGCUAAGUCGAACACUCGACAACAUUUGAAGCGAACACUACCAAAUUCAAGCUUCGGAGUGAACAAUAACUUUGGGAUCCAAGUACACCCGGCUGGCAAGCCUGAAAUAAAACGAAAUGCGCGUCCUGUAUUCCACUACCAGCUACAUUCCAUCUAUUCUACAUCAUUUAAAAUAAUGUUUGAGUAAGGAUUAUAUUUCUACUGUUGUCGAGUGCUUGAAGCUCACUACACUAGGUUGGAGUUCCAAUGUUGGGCAUCAGCACUGACAUCCACGUGCAUCCUUUUGAUAGGUCUAAAAUAGGCUGAUAUUUAACCAUAAUCAAUUUUAAAUUAGUUUUAUUUAUGUCAGUCCAACUUACACGAGUAUUCUUAUCCAAGCUUCCCACGACAUUUACGUCAGUAAAGAUGAUGGACCCUAACAUUUAAUAUAAACUGACGGUGUUUUCCUGUUUACUUUUAUUUUCAAAUUCACACAUUUUUUAAUAGAAUCUAUUGUUUGUAUAAAUAAAUAGACACGAACCUAUAUAAAAAUUAUAAUGGUUUAAAUUUCGAUGUUGUAACACGUCCCUGAAUUUUUUUAAUAGGUAAACUGCUACGUUUAUUGUGAAAUGGGAAAUAAUGUUAGUGGUAAAGUCUUUCAUAAAUGUCAAAAUCACGUUCCGCUUAUUUAUCCAGUAAUUGAGAUUCAAAUAAUCUGAAGCAGUAAACAAAAUGUAGGGGCUGAUACUAAUAAUAGUAAUAAUAUCAUAGAAGUUUCCAUUGUAUCUUCUCUCUACUGAUAUUGACAUUCUAAAUAUUUUACGGAAAAACCAUUGCAAUGUUGCCAUUUAUACUUUGUAAUUCUUUAGAGAAAAAAGCUUUUAACUAGUAUAUUACUGCAACUUUUGUCUAAUUUCAGAGAAACAAAUUUAAUCUCUUUUAAAGUUAUCUAAAUUUACUAACGAGGUAAUUUUGUGUACUACUAAUUUAGCUCUCCAAUUCUUCAUUGCAUCAUCCUUCUUUUGUUAUUGUUUUCGGUGAAUUAAAUACUGUGCGUUGAAUAACUUUCCAUAUAAAUGAUCAGAAAUUUACUGUAAUCUAAACUAGUUAGUCGAGCAGUAAUUGUCGUAUAGUUGAAUUCACAAAAUAUACAUAUUGAUUACUAUAAACAGAUAACUUUUUAAAUUGUUCCAUAUCACUCUUAAUUAUGAAUUGUAAAUAUGUGUCUGCCAUUUGUUUGUUGGAUCGCAUCAUUUGAAUUCGUGUUCUGCUUAACUACUGUUGUCUCUGUGUAUUAUGUUUACUGUUUUGUGUCAUCUCAAUUUGAUCAUACGCAGAUGUCUUUUUCUGUUAACGCGUCAGCUGUAGACUCAUGUGGUUGUCUCUCAGUCAUACUAGAAGUGUGUGAGUUAGUGGUACUACUCCUAGUCACUAAACUGAAGUAGGUGUAGCAGGGUUCAAACGUAUGAUUUCGUGUCUGAAAGUCAAACAUCCUAACCACUAAGUCACUGUUUAUUUGAAAUAUUCUUAUUGAGUGCUGUCAGAUUACCUGUUUAAGUCCGCGUGAUUACCUUAACCAAUGGUUACAGACUUUGGAUGACAUGGCAACGAAUUGUUCUCAGUGGCGCAGAUCCAUUCACACUGUGCUUUCUCUUAAAUCCUGAACCCCAUAUUUCUUCAUAACUUUUCCACUACUAACGAUACUGUCAAUACUUCUGCUUCUUUGGAUUUGCCUUAGUAAUGUUGUUGUGGUAAUGUCAUGUAGCGACCUGGGUCGACGCACAUAUAUGCCACGUUCUACAUUAUAUUUAACUGACUGAUACAAAGUGCUUGUGUUGGCGACUUACCCAAAACUGUCUUGGAUAAACUCAAAGAAUAUCCUAGAAAGUGCGUGAAAUGUUUCUUCAUAUUGUGUUUUACAGUCAGGAAAACUUCGUUGUUCUUCGCUUAGUUGGUUAUUGAACAUUUUUAACUUUUUGUAAUUUUCAUGCUUUCUAUAUCAUGGACUGAUCAACGUUAGACCACCAUUGAAAACCUAGAAGCAUUGGAUAAUUGUUUCAAUCUAGUAGGGUACUCCUCAACAGUGCUCAUCCACGACACCACAUUCAGGAAUCGUACCCAACACCUUGAGUAUCACGCGCGAACACAGCCUCUAGAAUACUGAGCUGCGAUUGAAUGAUGUAUAUAUAUACCUUUAACCAAUUAACGAUAUUUUUCCACCAUCUCUUGACUGUGAUGUAUAACUAUUUCAUAACUGACUUGAUUGUGCUGUACUGAUCACUGCUUCCCUUUGUAAUCUGUAAACUUUUUUUGCCAAUAAAGAUAAAUCAAUAAUUGUAAAAUAGUUUUCAAGUGCUAUUAGGUGUUUCGCAAAUAUUUUCAGUGUUGUAUUUCAUAUUUUCAAUUUUUUAAACGGUCCACUGGGUGGUUGAAAAUCAUCAAUAAUUUGUCGAUUAUGUUCUUGUAUUUUACCUAUAAUAAUUUCAUUAAUGUUUUUGUAUUCUUCACAAUGGAGCGUUUUUCCGUCUUUUUUUACAAAGACUACUUAUUACUCAAACUAUUUUUCUCUUUUGGUAACAGAACAAUCUUUAAUUUUCGGGAUCAUUUAAUGGUAGAUUACACGGUGAUCAGAUUAUAUUGACUAACUUGAAGGUAAUUGUUUCUACAACUAUUACUAUCGAUCUGAUAUCGAUAAAACCACUGCUGACAAUGUAGCAAAGUGGGGUUUUUUAUAAACAAUAUUACUUAUUUAAUGAGUGAGGUUGAUUAUUCUAGGCCAAACUUUACUAAGUAACUUGUUUAUGUUUCGUUCUGUUCAUGCACAUAAAAUGACUAUGGGGCUUAUUUCAAUUAUGGAAGCUUAAUUUCUACACUCAGUGUACCUAAAUGGUAACGUAUUUGAAAGUGACACUAGUCGUAAUCAUCACUUCUCUCUAAUUAAUAGGCAUGCCUAUACUCCGAUAUGUUAAAACUAUUAUACGUCAGUAUAUCAAUCGAAUACUUCCAGUACUGUGUUAUUUGUUCACUGUUUCGGUUUUUAUGGUGAACUUUUUUGGAUUUCCCCUCUUUAUGUUUAUCCUUUUCAGUAUAAUCUGUUCUAGACAGUUCUGUAUGAUAUUUUCGUACUUUUGCAAAAAUCUAUAUAUUUGACACCAACUUACUAUACUAUGUGUAACUGAUGUUUUUUUAUUACGGUUACUUGAUUUGCACAAGACCACACAUAACUUUGUAUUCAAAUGUGUAAGAAUAUUGAUUCAACUGUGUUGUGAAAUUUAGUUGAGAGGAUUACUAUAUCCAUUUGUUUAAGAGCGAAUUUGGUUAAUCGUUGUAUGCUUUUCACUUCUAGUUUUCUUUACAUCACAAAAACAUACUUACCCUACCUGUGUCAACGUUUUUUAGAAUUUCGUUUCAGCUACUCGUUUUGUAAAUCAGUUAUUCUUCCUAUCAAAACACCUCUAGGCUUGACUGUAUAUUUUAUUUGAAUAUAGAUUAAAUGUACUGCAUAAUAGUGAUCUUUCAAGGACAUAUAUGUAUACACUGUUAUCAAUUAAAUAUAAGCCAUAGUGUUAGAUCAAUUGCAAGCACAACUCUGUUGAUGUAUAUCAUGUUGUACGAGUACUGAAGUUACUGUUAAUUUCCCUACACCAAGUCAUUCUCAGUUCAUUCAACCAUAAAACUCCAUAUUCGAAGGCUAAAAGCUCCUAACUAACUAGCAUUUCCUUUCUUUAUUGUUUUACAUUAAACAUUACCAAGUAUUUCCUUAGACUAAAUUUGGUAAAUAAUAAGUGAGACUACCAGUGAUCCCAACCGUAGCAGUGUUUCUACUCCACCCAGUUACAUUGCUUAAUUCUAGUUAAUACGGCUUAUUAUGAAAAGUCUAAUACACUUCAUACAAUCCAGUGUUAUAUUUUCACCAAAUUUACUUAUGACAACAUAGAAUAAUCCACAUGAAUACUUAUUUUACACAUCUUAUCGACCUGUUUUACUGUUUAACGAAUUUCAGUUUAUUGUGCAAUGCAAUUUCAAUUCAUCCAGUAUGUUAGGUGAUUGCUUAAAAUAUUUAAGAGCUGGAUCUUCAUUUUACUAUCGUUUCUCUUAUAAGAACACUUUUUGAUUUUAAAACAAUAAUUUAUUGGUGUCAAAGUAUGAAAAUCCACCUUAAUUUUAUCGAACUGAACACAUUUGCUAAUAAACUGAGUUUUUGUAGUCUGUCCAAAUGAUUUCGAUAAAUAUACAAGUUUGGUUCAUUUGGUUAUUUUGAAGUUCGCAACUAUUCGAUCUCGUUUACGUGGUGAAUUUAAUUAGUGACUUUCAGCCUACUAGUAAGUAAUAUGAUUUUAUCGCUCACAUUUGUCUUCGUACUUCAAUGUGACUUUUUAUAGAAUUAGAUGUAAUCACUCCCUUCAUUUUUAUCUCAGUAAGUUGGUUUCCUGAUUCGCGCUCAUAAUUAAUGCUUUUAAAUCAAAUGAUUGUUUUUGCCUUGAAAAGAUUGAUCUUCACAUUUUUUCUGUGUGGAAUUAGAAAAUUUUUCUCUGCUUUGUAGCACUUGAGUGCGACUGUUUUUUCUUCUUAUUUUAGAAGCGUUUGGCACAAGAAGCUAGGUUGGCUAAACGACGAUUUAAAAAUCGUACUAGACAGAUUACAGGAGAUGGAAUGAUGGAUGAAAUUCUAGCAGGUAUCUUGUCAUUUUAUCGUUUUGUCUUAUUUUGUACUGUUUUUUGACCGUACUUAAAGUAUUAUUAUGGUGUGCAUUGUUCAUGUGGAAAAGCAUAAGUAGUAUAUAGUAGGAACUGGGAAUGAAGUGCUUACC